AUGCCAGACGUACUCAGACCACCAGCAGAAAUCCGGGCUUCCUGGCCUAAGCCCAACUAUGUCAAUCCAGAGACACAUGGCCCCGGAUUAAUGAUCUGUGCUUCGCUGCUGUCCGGAAUCGCAAUACUCGUUGUCAGCGCGAGGCUCUAUGCACGUUUCUUCAUCACCAGGGCUCCAGGCCUGGACGACCUCCUCAUUGUCCUCGCCCUGAUCUUCGGAGUCGCCCUGUCCGUCCUUGUCAUGCUUGGCAACCAGAUAUACUAUAACGGUUACCAUGUCUGGGACAUUCCCAUCGAAAGCGCUGUUCCACACAGAAUCAACAUAUGGGUCGCCCAGGUGUGCUACACGCUUGCACUCUCGUUCAUCAAGAUCAGCAUUCUGCUGUUCUAUAAACGCCUCAGCGUCUCCUUUACGAAACCAUUCCUGAUCGCCGUCUGGGUCGGCAUCGCUUACAAUAUCAUAUAUUGCAUUGGCUUCAUCCUCCUCCUGUGUCUCCUGUACAGGCCACUGCCGGCGUACUGGCUCAGCUUCGAUCCAGUAUACUAUCUCAAGGGCGACUUUGAGCAGGGCAGCGAACAGCUCGCCGAGCCGUUGUCGGCAUACUUCAGUGUCAUUGGCGAUCUGUACAGCGUCGUCUUACCCUUGGUACUGAUCAGCAAGCUAUCUCUUCCACGGCGACAGAAGUAUGCGCUCAACGGUCUCUUCAGUCUCGGUCUGCUUGUAGUCAUGUUUGGCUCAGUGCGGAGCUACUACAUGUACCGUGUCGUCAACGUCGACUGGGACUUCACCUGGACGCUGUGGAAGAUCUGGGUAUGGGGCGAGUUCGAGAUGUGGUUUGGCGUAUACUGCGCUUCAGCACCUGCGCUUAAACCGUUCUUCAAGAGGUGGUGGUCAGGGCUCCAAACGUAUCGGAGUAACAACAGAUCGGGUGUGAGCAGCAGCGCCAAAGAUCGACAGGUAUACGUUGUAAGGAGCGACGGCAGGGGAGGCCUUGGCAAAGUUGAGCGGCACUGGGUGAGGAACAGUGCGAGAUACUUUGUGCCACAGCAGGUCGGGAAUUACUCGGAGAUCUCGUCGAACAGGACGGCAGCUCAACACAAUCUGGACGCGGAUGGAAGCGUUGGCAUACUCAAGUCUGUCGAUGUCGAUAUUGAGAGAUGUGCCACGGGCACAAGCUGGCUGGAUAUGGAGCAGAGUAGGCCAGUCACUUUGGACGUAAUGAAUGGUAAUGGAAAGCGGAUAUAA